UGGACAAGCACCUAAAGUCAGUUCCUGAUCAGCCGGGCUGUGGCUUGUACGUUGGUUUGCGUGCAGCCAGCAGCAACAGCCUGGUUGAUCAGGCUCUGAUCCACCAGGAGGCCUGGUCGCAGACCGGGCCGCGGGGGCGUUGACCCCCGGAACUCUCUCCAGGUAAACUCCAGGUAGUCAUUUUACUAGUGUGUGUGAGCAGUGGUCGUCACCAUGCCAGGGUAGUCAUUUUACUAGUGUGUGUGAGCAGUGGUCGUCACCAUGCCAGGUGGUGGGAUUGGGAGCAUGGCAGUGGUGUCUGCUACAGUUGCUGCUGAUGGUGGUUGGAGUGUGUGGACGUGGGGUCCUUCUUCAGCUGAACUCUCCCUACAACACACUUACUAUUGACCCCCACACUAUCCACUUUACCCACACUAAAGGAGAGGCACACGUCAGAUGGGGCUUGACCCUCCCUGAAGGCAUCGACGGGGAGCCCUGCGGCGAGGGGGAUGCCUGCCUGGACUUCGGAGUGGCAAAGGUGGUAGUAACUACGGAGGAACACUGCCAGAAGGUGUCCUGGGUCACCACUAACCUCACCGAGCUGAAGGACUGCGUGUCACUGGAGGGCCACUGGUACGGGGGAGGAGAACAAGUUUUCCAGCCGUGGCCCAUAGAGAAAGAGCCACGAGAUGAGACCGCCUUCAUCACCGCCGACAUGCUACAGAAUCCUUCCAGGUGGUACGGCGGAUUGACCGAAGCCUACUGGAUAUCAUCUAUUGGUGUGGCUGUCAGGGUUGAGGAGACGACACCACUCUUCGUAAGUGUCCCAGACUACGAUGACGACACUGUGGCUGAUGAACUCUGUCUGGCUGCACGUCAAGAGCAGCCCUACGUCGCCGCCCCCUACAGCCCCCUCACCCUUGACUAUUUCCUCUGCUCCGCCGAGGACGUCAGGAAGGUUCAUGAGGCAAGUUACCCCAAGUUCUUCUCGCUGCCGGAGAGUGUUCCUGAUGCUCGUAUGAUGGAGGAACCUAUCUGGUCCACCUGGGCCCAGUACAAGACUCAUGUUAACGUCACCAGGGUGAUGGACUUCGCUAGGGAGAUUACCAAUCACGGCUUUAACAACAGUCAGGUUGAAAUCGAUGACAACUGGGAAAACUGCUAUGGUAAUGCUGUCUUCAACCCUGACCGCUUCCCCGACCCCAAGGCCAUGGUUGACCAACUCCAUAGCGAGGGUUUCCGGGUGACUUUGUGGAUUCACCCCUUCAUUAACGACAAUUGUGAAGCCUUCGAGUACGCUGACCAGCAUGGUUACUUUAUCAAGGACUCUGAGGGCCAAACCCAGAAGACGCACUGGUGGCAGGGGUCCAGCGCUGGUAUCAUUGACUUCAGUAAUGAGGAGGCAGUAGCGUGGUGGUCCCAGCGGCUGCUCGACCUCAGGGAAAAAGUUGGGAUUGACAGCUUCAAAUUCGAUGCCGGGGAAGCUUCCUGGCUUCCCGAUGUGUACACUCUCAGUGUCGAUGAGAGGUUCUGGCCCAACGCUUACACCCAGAAGUACAUAGACACAGUGUCACAGUUCGGAGGCAUGAUAGAGGCUCGUGUGGGCAGAGGUACACAGCGACACAAUAUCUUCAUCAGGAUGUUAGACAAGGACUCUAUCUGGGGGUCCCGUGAUGGCCUCAGAUCCCUGAUUCCUUCACUCCUUCACUCAGGAAUACUGGGCUACCCCUUCGUGCUGCCGGACAUGGUUGGUGGUAAUGGGUACUUAGGUCUUAAACCUGGACGCCAAUUGUUUGUGAGGUGGGCACAAGCUAAUGCCUUCAUGCCUGCCAUCCAGUUCUCCUUGCUACCCUGGGAUUACGACGAGGAGGUGACGGAGCUGAGCCUGGAGGUGACUAGGUUACACUCACAAAUGGGGCCACUGCUGCAGCACCUGGCAGAGGAGGCCACCACCAGCGUGGCACCCAUUGCCAGACCUACCUGGUGGCUGUGUCCUGACCUCGAGUCCUGUCUCACUGCUGACCAACAGUUCCUGUUGGGUGAUGACCUGUUGGUGGUGCCUGUGGUGGAGGACGGUGCCACAACCCUGAAGGCAGUAGUGCCACCUGGAUCAUGGCUCCAGGCUGGCACUGACCAAGUCAUCGAGGGACCCGUCACACUCUCACUCGACGACAUCACACUUGAGAGCAUUGUCUAUUUCACUCGCCAGUCUAGUAACAAUGUGUAACAUUCUGAGAAAUAUAGCUGUAUGACCCUUGUCGGUUUAGCACUUUGAAUAUAAUAAUCUGAGAAAUAGUGUAAUAAACUGGUAAAUUAAACAAUAGCUAAGUACAAUAUUUGAAAUAAAAAUUAUGAAUAUACAGUGGACCCCCGGUUAACGAUAUUUUUUCACUCCAGAAGUAUGUUCAGGUGCCAGUACUGACCGAAUUUGUUCCCAUAAGAAAUAUUGUGAAGUAGAUUAGUCCAUUUCAGACCCCCAAACAUACACGUACAAACGUACUUACAUAAAUACACUUACAUAAUUGGUCGCAUUCGGAGGUAAUCGUUAUGCGGGGGUCCACUGUAUUCAUGACCCAUAAGGGUCAUACAGCAGUUACAGAAUAGGAAAUAAUAAUCAGGUUUGGAGGGCAGCUCCAUUUCUUCAAGUAAAGAACUCUUUACCAGCAUUAUCAUUAUAAUCAAAAAGAAGCGCUAAGCCACAGCGCUGCUUUACCAGCAUUAGGUAUUACCCUUGAAGUGUUUGAAAAAACUUAUAUAGUACAGCAAUUGCUAAUGAGUGUUCAGUAAAUCUUUUUUUUUUCAACAAGUCGGCCAUCUCCCACCAAGGCAGGGUGACCCAAAAAGAAAGAAAAUACUUUCAUCAUCAUUCAACACUUUCACCACACUCAGUGUUUUUGCAGAGGUGCUCAGAACACAACAAUUUAGAAGCAUAUACGUAUAAAGAUACACAACAUAUCCCUCCAAACUGCUAAUAUCCCAAACCCCUCCUUUAGAGUGCAGGCAUUGUACUUCCCAUUUCCAGGACUCAAGUCCGGCUAUAUAAAAAUAACCAGUUUCCCUGAAUCCCUUCACUAAAUAUUACCCUGCUCACACUCCAACAGAUCGUCUCCAUUCACUCCUAUCGAACACUCGUGCACGCCUGCUGGAAGUGCAAGCCCCUCGCCCACAAAACCUUCCUUACCGCUUCCUUCCAACCUUUUCGAAGACGACCCCCCUACCCCACCUUCCUUCUCCUACAGAUUUAAAUGCUCUCCAUGUCAUUCUACUUUGAUCGAUUCUCUCUAAAUGGCCAAACCACCUCAACAACCCCGUGACUAAUACUUUUAAUAACUCAACACCUCCUAAUUUCCACACUCUGAAUUUUCUGCAUAAUAUUUACACCACACAUUGCCCUUAGACAGGACAUCUCCACUGCAUUCACAACCCAAGCUUCACACCCAUAUAAGAGUGUUGGUACUGCUAUACUUUCAUACAUUCCCUUCUUUGCCUCCAUAGAUAACAUUUUUUUACUCCACAUAUACCUCAACGCACCACUCACCUUUUUUCCCUCAUCAAUCCUAUGAUUAAUCUCAUCCUUCAUAAAUCCAUCCGCCGACACGUCAACUCCCAAGUAUCUGAAAACAUUCACGUCUUCCAUACUCCUCCCCAAUUUGAUAUCCAUUUUUUCUUUAUCUAAAUCAUUUGAUACCCUCGUCAUUUUACUCUUUUCUAUGUUCACUUUCAACCUUUACACACACUCCCAAACUCAUCCACUAACCUUUGUAAUUUUUCUUUAGAAUCUCCCAUAAGCACAGUAUCAUCAGCAAAAGGUAACUGUGUCAAUUCCCAUUUUGUAUUUGAUUCUCACCCCUCUCCCGAACACCCUAGCAUUUACUUCUUUUACAACCCAUCUAUAAAUACAUUAAACAACCAUUGUGCCAUUACACAUCCCUGUCUAAGACCUACUUUUCCCGGGAAG